GGGUCAUAUUUGUCCCAUUUAAAUCUAUUGAAUAAUAUACAUUUACCUCACUUUACUCUCAAAAGUUAAAUGUAUACUAAUGGUGCCUCGGUUAUUAAAAAACGGGAGACUUUAACUAUGAGUGUUUAAAAUAAACUAUUAACGUCACAAAAGUCAGGGUAUUCCCGGCUAAUAACGAGGAUGUUUAGGUGAGAGGCGUACAACCUCACUGACGACCCAGAUCCUCAACUCACGGAUAUUUCCUCAUCGGAAACACUGGAUUCUCGGACAUAGAAAGCAAUGACCAGGUAAAGAAUUCCAUUAUAUAUAUCCGUAUGCUAAUGGAUUAAAGUUAAAUCGGAGAGUAUCUUACUAAACAUUGCAUCAAAAAUGUCGAUCACAUCGGAACAGUUGAUUGUCGAAGGAAAAAAUGUGCCCCUUCACGCCCUCAACAUGUCCGUCAGAUCAAAGCUUGGAACUUACCUAGACCCCGAGGGCCUUUUAAUGGGAGACUACCUCAACAAUUACCAGGGACUGGCCGAAGUUAUCCAUUUUACUUCCGAAGACAUCAAACAGUUCCAGAGACAGAGCAAACCGACUCAGGAGAUGCUUUAUCAAUGGGGAACGAGACCAGCACUUUCAUCAACGGUCGACAAUCUCAUCAAACAUUUGCAGACGAUAGGGAGAUUUGACGUCAUAACAGAAUGCGCCAAUUUGAUAAAGAAAGAUGUGGAUCGGUAUAAGCAAUGCCACAAAGACAUUACGGGCUCAAAAGAUAUGAUUCAGGACCCAAGUGUUUCUCAAGGACCAAACCGACCGUCCUGUGACUAUAUUCCCGAGAGUAACAAGUUAGGUUUAGUCACCAUUGAUGACGUCAAAGAGAAAGGUGACACGCUCUAUUAUGACGCCUUUGUGAUAUACAACCCUGUGGGGAAGGACUUGGAGUUCGUGAAGGAGCUCUCGGGGAAAAUGGAAGCCCCGCCUUACAAUCUGAAAUUCUGCAUUCCCUGGAGAGACGAUCUACCGGGACCCUCUCGUUAUGAAGUCUCUGCCCACAUGAUUGCUACACGGUGUCGAAGAACACUGGUUAUCUUGUCUCCAGACUUUUUAAAAAGUGCUGCAGCCGAUUUUCAGCUCAAAUUUGCCCACUGUUUGUCACCAGGUGCAAGGAGUAAAAAAGUGGUCCCCGUAUUUUCCGCUCCGUGUAAAAUGCCGGAUAUUCUUCGAGCAUUAUCUUUCGUUGAUUUCACAAACCCCGGAUUAAGAGACUGGAACUGGCCCCGCCUUAACGCUGUUUUACAGUGCCCCCUUAAUCCCGAUCCCCGGGAUUAUAUGAGUGAGGCAGAACUGGAGGAAUUAAAACUGAACGCUGGGGUGAUUACAACGAGAAUGUGGUACUCCACUGGUGUCCUAACAAUGAACUUCCCUGAAGAAUCCGAGGACAACACUCCAUAGAACAGCUGAGGGUGGCUAGUUCCAUUGUAACGUUAUUGCAUACCAUGCUGAUAUAUCAACUCUAUCUAUUGCAAUCUAUUCAAACAUAAACAUAUUCUAGUAACAAUGUUUCAAAAACAAAUAAAAAAAUGUUAAUGUUC